UUUCCUUUUAGUAUGAGUUGAGCGCGCAAUUUGUGUGGACGCGAAAACGGCAGUGGAGUCAAGGUGUGGUUUUUAUUUAUUUUUCUUUAAUUUUACACGGCGUGCUUCUAACAACAAUGUGAUAUGUUGAGAUUAUAAGAACAAAAAUAUGCUAUAAAGCAACAAAGUUAAUGCGUAGUUCAAAGACCAAGUUUUGUGAUUUUUUGUAACGAAUAAUAAACUAAUUAAAGUUACUUUAACAAAAUAUGAAAUCUGCAAAUAUAUAAACCGGUGUUGAAAGAGACUUUCAGACUUUAGCUUUGAACUCAGCCAGCGGCGUGACCACGUGUACAGCAAGCACGGUUUGCAGUAAGAGAGCGUGAGCGAAGUAAGCGCAAAAUAAAAGUAAAACAAAAAAACAUACAAGUGCAAACUCGAGUAGAAUUUCUAAAGAAAAAAAGCGCACAUGUGUGCCGCGAGACAGAAUAUUUUAUAAUUUUUAUUCUAUAUAUAUUAUUUUUCGCUGAAAAUAUAAUACAUAAAAGUCUAGCAGCAUAAAGGCAGUAAAAACAUAAAUGAAUGACAAAAAAUAAAGAACAAAAAACAACACAAAUAACCACAAAAAUUCCAGCAACUAACCCGACAAAAGUGUUUUCUGCUUUGAAUUUGUACGCCAAACGCGCCUUAAUUUGUGCUUCGCCCCUUUAAUAUUUGGUUGUUUUGCUCCUAUCAUUGCCACGCUCAAUGCGUGCUACGUUGUAUGCGCGAGCACACUAAUGAAGAAUAUAAAAAAAUAAACUUUCGUAUUCAAAAUGCAAAUUUUGUCGACGUUGACAAACUGAUAACAACUCACUGUGGUGCGCGCUUAAGCAAACGAACGAGCCACGCUGCCUAAACCCAGCAGUGAAUGUGGGGCGCAAACGAGUGCAAGUACUGCGGGUAGUGAAUUUAGUCACCACCCACAAAAACUAAACGCACACGCCGCACCCAACCCAAAAAAAAAAUAAACACAACUACUAAAGUCCUUUGCAUUGACAAAAUUAGUUAAAUAAUAAACAGGUGGUCGAUAGCGACAGAGGGAGAGGGAGAGAGAGAGAGAGCGAGAGCAACUCAGCGUGCGUGUGAGUGUAAGUGAAGUAAGAAGCAGAGUGCGCUCACCGGCUGAUGCAAUAGAGCAACUCAAUUGCUGGUAAAUGAAGUAAAGGUGAAAUUAUUGUAGUUGAAAAGCCUCUAAAUAAAUUUUGCAUAUACCACCGAAAACAAUCGCUGUGUGUGCGCAUGCGCACAAUCUCUCGAUCGCACCCUUAUACUUAUGAGCACACACCGUGAACAAUCAACCCUCAGCCGCAAGCCUUGAAGAACCACUCAACUCAGCUACACACACAAACAACCCUUAGCACGAGCUCACACCACAAAUACUACGCUUCACAAUCGUCGUCACCAAUACCACUUACCUGCAUACGUACGCACUUCCAAUUAGUGCCGGAAAAAUCAAUAUUAUCUUCGUUUGACUUCAGCAAGUAAAGUAGAAAAUUCCACAAAACAAAACAAUGGCUCGCAUACAGGCUAGUGAUAAUGUACCGCCACGUCCUUUGUUCGAUACACCCGUCAAUUCCAUCGCCGAUGUGGGCGCACAAAACAAUUGCUCCGCGGAUAGUUCCAGUCAGGGGUCGGGUGUAAAACUUAAAAAACAAAUCGGCCUACUCGAUGGUGUGGCCAUUAUUGUGGGCGUUAUUGUUGGCGCUGGCAUUUUCGUCAGUCCGAAAGGUGUCCUGCUCUACUCCGGUUCGAUUGGUCAAUCGUUGAUCGUUUGGAUAUUGUGCGGUGCCUUGAGUAUGGUCGGUGCGCUUUGCUAUGCGGAAUUGGGCACAAUGAUUCCGAAAUCAGGCGGCGAUUAUGCUUACAUCGGCACAGCAUUCGGUCCACUGCCCGCCUUUUUAUAUCUCUGGGUGGCGUUGCUUGUGCUCGUGCCCACAGGAAAUGCCAUAACGGCGCUCACAUUCGCACAAUAUUUGCUGCAGCCAUUUUGGCCAUCGUGCGAUGCACCCACAGCGGCGGUACAGUUAUUGGCAGCGGUGAUGACAUGUAUUCUCACGGUCAUAAAUUGCUACAACGUUCGUUGGGUGACACGCGUCACUGAUAUAUUUACCGGCACCAAGGUAUUUGCUCUAUUUGUUAUUGUUGCCGCUGGCGUUUGGUAUCUAUUCGCUGGCAAUACUGAGUUGUGGGAGGAACCAAUGCGUGGCACAUUCAAAGCACCCGGUCUAAUAGCACUCGCCUUCUACAGUGGACUAUUCUCGUAUUCCGGUUGGAAUUAUUUGAAUUUCGUCACAGAAGAACUGAAAGAUCCAUACAAGAAUCUGCCGCGUGCCAUUUGUAUUUCAAUGCCUGUAGUAACGCUAAUUUAUGUAGUGACAAAUGUUGCCUACUUUUCGGUACUUUCGCCAGAGGAAAUACUCUCUUCGGAAGCGGUCGCUGUGACUUUCGGCGAUAAGAUGCUCGGUUUCAUGUCUUGGCUUAUGCCAUUCUUCGUUGCCUGCUCUACAUUCGGUUCACUAAAUGGUGCCAUAUUCGCUUCGUCGCGUCUCUUCUUUGUCGGUGCACGAAAUGGUCAUUUGCCUGCAGCGAUUUCGCUGAUUAAUGUGAACUGCUUGACACCAGUGCCGGCGCUAAUAUUUCUGUGCAUACUUACUUUGGUGCUGCUCUUCAUCAGGGACAUCUAUUCGCUCAUCAACUAUGUCAGCUAUGUAGAAGCGCUCUUCACGCUACUCUCCGUGUCAGGGUUGUUGUGGUUGCGAUAUAAGCAACCGAAAACUGAACGACCCAUACGUGUCAGCCUCUUUUUACCCAUCAUAUAUUUGUUGACGUGUCUUUUCCUUGUGAUCUCAUCCGUCUUCCAGUCGCCCGUCGAAGUGGGUGUAGGCACAGUCAUUAUACUCUCCGGCAUUCCCAUAUACUACUUGACUAUUCAACGACCUGUAAAAUGGCUGACGGGUCUAUCACAAGCGAUUAAUCUUUGGUGUUCAAAAUUUUUUAUUUGUAUGCCAAAUCAAGAGAAAUUCGAUUAGUAACUAAGCGGUAAACAAUUAGAUUAAGUUCCGUAAAGACAUAUCCGAUAAAUCAUACGAGUGUAUGGUGACAAAAUUAUAGAGACAAAUAUUUGACUAAAGUUGUAUUACAUAUGUACAUACAUACAUAUGAGAGAUAUACAAUGUUUUUGACAAUAGCAAAAUGACGUGCCUAAAAUUCCCCUCAAUAAGAGAAAAAACCAACAAUCGAUAUGGAAAUACCUCCCCAUAUUGGACGUAUGAGAAAUACAUAACUGUUAAGCUCGUGUACAUAUACAUACAUACAUAUAGCAUAAUUGUAAUUCUUGCACAAUGCUAGGCUAUAGUAAUAAUUCUCUCGUUUUACACUCUCCGUUUUACACAACGAAAAGUUGAAUGAGGUUAUUUACACUAAAUCAAAAAUUACGCCAGAUUCGAAAAAUUAUUUCAGCACUUUUUUGUACCCUUUUCCCCCUACUGUGGGAGUGUAAUUUGGCAUAACAAAGGGCAUGGUAUGAUAUUGUUUGGAGAAAAAAGAAAUCCAUUAUUUUCUCGUUAGACGGCUGCAGUGAUCGAUAUCUCGUAAACUAUCGUCCAGACAAAGUUUAUGCACGUUGUCAAGGUAACAUUUUACUCUAAAAAAAUUCCUUUGCGGUUUUUUGUUUUUGCUCUACUCAGUUAUGAGUUACAGGGUGUUAACAGUGGAAGCCAACAAAUAGCAAAUUUGGUACAUUUUGCAGUUUUU